GCUCGUACUAUCGUCUCACACGUUUAGCGCUCUCACGGAAUUUCUCUGAUAUCACUCAAAAACCCCAUGAAAAUGUUUUCUUUACCAGUGACGCCAUUAAUGUCGCGUGAUCGACCAAAGGUGUGCGGACAUCUGGAAGCGGGAAGAGGGAGCACUUUCAAUUCAAGGCUUCUAUUGGUUUGCCACAGAAAAGGAAAAGCUCCAAGUGGGUCAGCCAAAAAACCGAUCUUUCUGGCUCUUUCGUCGCCAGACCAUCUUUCUUUUGCUCUUAGCAAGUGAAAGAAAAGGGAGAGAGAGAAAGCUCGCGAAAACCUGGUUCUGCAAAUUUUCCGGGAAAAUGGGGUGGAAGCACCCGGACGUGAGCUUGGAAGAGAUGGUGAAUCUGGUGAAGGGAUUCGCGGAUAUCCUGAUUCUCGCAUCUGGGUACCAGUCUUCUGGCCUUUUAGCCCACUGGGACCAACAGAACGUCACCAAAGCCUUCCAAUGGGGCGUCUUCUUCGAACAUGUGUUCAAGUCCUUCAGCUGUUCAGAGGACUAUGAUGAGUCCGUGGAAGAACUUGAUAAAGCUCUCUCUGUGAUAGUAGCAGACGCUUCUUUCCCUCAGGGUCUAGCAAAACUAUCCUCUGCUACUCUGAGUAGGGCUAGAGACAUCGUGCUCGAGCAGUUGGUACAUAGCUUGCCAUUAAGAGAUUCAAAUCUCAGAGCACUUCUCUGUUCAACCGUUCAGAUGGAUCUUGAUGUCCUUUCACGAGAAGAUCCCGAUUGCCUCAGCAGAUACUUGGACACGUUGAGCCUGCAGAAUACCUCUCUUGACUCACUUCACGAUGGCAAUUGUUCUGAGAAGUUUUCACCUUUUAAUCACGCUGACAUAGCAAAUAAUGAGAUUGAAGAGCGUGGUAAGCAGAAUGGGACGAGCUCUUGCAUCCAAGAGCUUCUGAAAAGGCAGUCUGCCGUUUCGUGUAUAUUUUCAGCAGAGAAAAGCUUGGCUGUUAUCUCUAAAGCUGUAAGUAGCAGUCAGCUGACUUUGUGCGACCAAAGCAUUGCUAGGGAGCAUCUAACGCAUGAUGGAGCUUCAAGGAAUACUGAUCAAUUGGACGAGGUAAGAAUUUGGUAUCGCUGGAAAACAAGGAGCCUCACAUAUUUUGUCGAUAAGAGAACUAUCAGACUGGUAUCUGGUGCCAGCAUGAUAUUUGCUGCUUCUCAAACACAGUGGUUGCAAGUUUUUGAACGUCUGAAUAUGUCAGAAGAGAGAAAUCUUGGCAGAUUGUCUGACAAAAUAGAACUUCUUUUAUUAGGAUGUGUUACCAGAAGAUGGAGCUCAGUAAUCAAACAUCUUCAGUCAAUUGCUUGUGAUUCCUUCGCUAGUUCACAGAGAUUUUCAGAAGUUUGCAACUUGCUUUCAGAAAGAUCUCAAAAUUUAGUUUUAAAAGAGAAGAUGGUGCACUCAAAGGAAGGUCGCAUCCUUGAUUAUCUUAUGAAUAUAUUGGAUGAUCAAGUUCGUCUGCUGUGGAUGGUACCACCUGCUCUGUCAGCAGCCGCAAUUCCUUCCUGGUCACCUCUGUUCAGAUUCUACGUGAGCCAGAUUGAGAUUCAGCUUAAAGAAGAUUCUCCGAUGCUAAGGUGUUGUAGUUGCACUCAAGAAAGGAAGGAGCACAAAGAUUGUGAACUUACUGAGAGGAUAUGGUGUCUUCAUAUCUUUCACGUUCGUGGGCCUCAGUUGUGGCUUGGUGGCAUUGAUGAAUGAGGUUUUGGUCUGCCUGUCUAAGCAGAGCUUCUUCCCUCCAAGUAUAGCUUCCCCUGACCAGUUGAGUGCAUUAACAGUCUUCAUACAAGGAAAGUUUCACCUGCAAAUGGCUUUUCAAGUGGUCUUUGUGAUGAUUUUUGGCUGAUAAGUCGGUUGGCCACAGGCAUUUUGGCAGUCAGGUAAUUUUUGAAAUCACGUGUAGCAGGAUAUAGUUAACAAACUUAUAUCUUAGGCUCUUAAAAUUUUAGGGCAUAAAUACUGGUAACUGGCAUGCGGAAGGUGAACAAAGAGUAUCAUGCCAGGCUAUCAUAGUGGGUCUAUUUAAGUUUUGUGCAUAGACUUUAAGAUUGAACUGAUAAGAAAAACUUUGGGAUUGGACCAUGAAUUUUUCUUUCGUGAUCUAUUUGCAUUUGCUCGUUUGUGGUACAAAUAUCUGGUUCUAAUCUUCCAGAUGUCAAUUCUACUUUCAGCUUUGAACUGUCAGUGAAGUCCUCAAAGUACUACCCUUCAGGAGAUUAUGGAUUGGUGGGCUAGAUCAAUUUCUUGGCUCUGACCUGGCUUCGAGUCCUGGAGAGCUAACCUUCUGAUUUGAUUUCUUUGUCAAUGCAAUGCAACACCACCUCAAGACCGUCCUUUUCUGCCUGUAAAAAAGGAAGUCCUUAGCCUUCUUAGUGUUAGCUUCUUUAGUUUGCCAUGCCAAUGACUGAGGUUGAUGUUGUAUGAGAGGGAGGUCGUCUUGAGUAUGUAAACAUAUACUGCUACAUUCGUUGUUGACUCAAUGAAAGAAUGCAGAACCCUGCUGUGUUCAACUAGUACUGAUUCGGGUAUAAAAUGUUUGUCAUGCCA